AAAGAAGCUACUGACUAAGGAGGCACAUCUAUUCACUUAAAGAAGAGAUUAAACAGAAAAGAGUGGUAUCACGACUCCAACUCCUUCCCGCUGCAUAUUCAGCAUUCUAAUUGCUCCAGUGAAUUUCAUGUCAGAAAAGCCCUUACGAGCGGCAUUUUGCAAUGUGUAAAAUGUGUCACCAAGGUGUCAGGCAUUUCAUACUUUGCUUCCAAAAGAACUGUUCCACAGAAAGUUUCUUGCUGUGGUUCUCUGCAGAGCCCCAGUUGAUAAUGUGAAACGCCUUCUCUUCUCCCCACCCCUGAAGUUGAGUGAAGAUGCCAAUGCUUAAGCUGGGCUCAGAAGAAACCUAUGGGGAUUUCUCAUGCUUUUCUUUUUCUGGAUAUGCUUGAGUAUCAGUGAAGUGUGCCUUCCUGGGCAACACAAAGCUCAGGAUUAUGUUACUUGCUACUUUUUUGACAGUGGUGGUCAAUGUUGCUUUGGUAAACCCUUCUCUGGCUCCGGAAUCAACAUGCUUGGAUGGAUACAAGUUAGCUACUGACAAUUCCACUUGUAUAGACAUUGAUGAAUGCCAUGAAGGAGGAUUGGGGACUUGUGGGCAAAUCUGUCACAACAGUCCAGGCUCCUAUAUCUGUUCCUGCUUACCUGGUUACACACUGGAUGAUAACACAUGGUCGUGCUUUGUUGAUGCCCCUGUGCCCUACCUCAUCUUCAGCCAUGGAAAUGCCAUUUUCCGGAUUGACAGAGAAGGAUCCAAUCACAAGAAACUGGUGACAAACACAGGGAUCUCUGUCCUGUUGGACUUCCACUAUAAUGAAGAAAGAAUUUACUGGGUAGACUCUGACAAGGGUCUUGUAGAAAGGGUUUUCAUGAAUGCCACCAACAGGGAGAAAGUACGUUCAGUUGGAAAAGGUAUUUCUGGAUUUGCUGUGAACUGGAUUCAGAAAAACAUUAUCUGGACCAAUCAUCAGAAGGGAAGCAUUGAAGUUGCAGACAUGGAUGGGAAGAAUUCCAGGGUCCUUUUAGAGAAUGUGUCCCAACCAAGUGGCAUCACUGUUGAUCCCAUCCAAAAGUUUAUAUUUUGGAUUUCAGAUGGACUGGUACCAAGCAUCAAUCAAGCAAAUGUUGAUGGUGAAAAGGUCAUCACGGUUUUGAGCACUAGUGAGAAAAUAAAAACACUGUCUCUGGAUUUUAUCGACAAAAGAUUGUUUUGGGUCCAAUAUGGCGCGAAUGAUGAGAGUGCCAUUGGAUCUUGUGACUACAAUGGUGAUGCUGUUCAUAUUAUGAAACAAUUAAUACAGUCCCAGCCUUUUGGGAUGUCUUUAUUUGCAGAGUAUAUAUACUAUUCAGAGUUGAAAACUGGUACCAUUAGAAGAGCCAACAAAUACACAGGCGAGGAUGUCGGCACCAUCAACCCCAAGCCUUCAUUUCUUCCUCCUGCUGAUGUCAAAGUUGUACACCCUUUCAAACAACCUGCAUCCUCCCAAACAGCUGGUUGGUCUUCAGAGCAGGGGUGUGAUGCUACGAAAGAGGACUGCUUAAGUGUGUGCACCAGAGAUGCAGAGAAAGAGCAAUGUGAAUGUAAAGAUGGCUAUGUCCUCAGCAAAGACGGCAGAUCUUGUGAAGAUGUCAAUGAAUGUGCUUUCUGGAACCAUGGCUGUACUUUAGGCUGUGAAAACAUCCCAGGCUCCUAUUUCUGUACCUGUCCUGGAGGUUUCAUUCUUCUUUCUGAUAUGAAAACCUGUCACGAGCUUGUCCCAUGCUUGAAAAACUACACUGAAUGCAGCUAUGGUUGUGUCCAGACAGCUAAAGGACCCGUGUGUGUGUGUCCAGAAGGAUCUGUGUUAAGACCAGAUGGAAGAUCAUGCACAGGUUGCACUGCACCAGAUAAUGGAGGUUGUAGCCAGAUCUGUGUGGCUUUGAGUCCAGUGAAGUGGGAAUGCGAAUGCUUGCCAGGCUAUCGACUGAAACCUGAUGGGAAGCAUUGCAGUGCAACGGGUCCCAGACCUUAUUUGCUUUUUGCAACUACUCAAGACAUUCAGCGCAUCAAUUUUGAUGGCACAGCUUACCAGAGUCUACUAGAUAAGCAGAUGGGGAGAGUCUUAGCUUUGGACUAUGACCCUGUUGAAAAUAAGGUUUAUUUUGCACACACAGGCCUGAAGUGGCUGGAAAGAGCUAACCUGGACGGGAGUGAACGUGAGGUGCUGCUGCGUGAAGACCUGGAUUAUCCUGAAGGCUUAGCUGUGGACUGGAUUAACCGUAAACUGUACUGGACUGACCGAGGGCUGUCCAGAAUUGAAAAGAGUGACCUAAAUGGGGUUCACAGAGAAGUGAUCAUCAGCGAGGGUGUUGACAAGCCAAGAGGAAUAGCUGUGCACCCACUGGCAAAAAAGCUGUUCUGGACGGACUGGGGUGAAAAGCCUUGCAUAGAAAGCUCUUCCUUGGAAGGUGGCGUCCGAUUGGUUAUUGCCAACACCAAUCUUAUUUCACCGAAUGGAAUCACCAUAGACUACCUGGCAGACAAGCUCUACUGGUGUGAUGCCAAGCGAUCAGUCAUCGAAGUGGCAGAUCUGGAUGGCUCCAACCGACGGAUCCUGACACAGAUCGAAGUAGGACGCCCUUUUGAUGUAGCUGUGUUUGAAGAUCACGUUUGGUUCACUGAUUGGGGGAAGCCAUCCAUCAUGAGGGUUGACAAGUGGACAGGGCAAAACCAGCUGCGUCUUCGCGGGAAUAUGCUAAGACCCUUCUCCUUGAUUGUUGUUCACCCUUUAGCCAAACCAGGUGCUGAUCCCUGCCUGUAUGAAAAUGGUGGCUGUAGUCAAUUUUGUGAGAAUAGUUUUGGAGUUCCUCAUUGCUUGUGUCAUGAGGGCUUUGUCAAGCAUGCUGAUGAUGGAGUCUGCCACCCAGUCAGCAUUGCCUUGACAACUCCAGUGUCUCGUGUGACCCUUUCUCACAGUCAGCUCUUGAUGUCAAACACAACAUUAAGAGAUGAAAGCAAUCCACUGGCUCAUCCCAGCCCAUCAGCAGCCACUGAGGAGCAGCCAAAAAGCAUCCAGGUGGCAGAGAUAAUGGUAUCAGAUCAAGAUCAUUGCUCAGCUCUUGAAUGUGAUGUUAAUGCUCAGUGUAUCCCAGCAGAAGGGGGAGCUGUUUGUCAAUGUUUGGAAGGGUUUACCGGUGAUGGCAACGCAUGCAAUGACAUUGAUGAAUGCGUUGUUGGCAUUGCUCUGUGCAGCAUGCAGCUUGCAGACUGCAUUAACACAGAGGGUAGCUAUGUCUGCCGGUGCAAUGCCGGCUACAAUGGGGAUGGCUUGUACUGCUCGGAUAUUGAUGAGUGUAAGUUUGAGAUCCACAGCUGUGACAAACAUGCUGACUGUGUCAAUACAGAGGGAAACUACACCUGCACAUGUAGGACUGGGUAUUCUGGAUCAGGCUUCAUCUGUGAAGGUGUGGUUGCUCCUACCACUAUGAUGAGGACUAGCAGUUCCUCUGAAACUACAACCUACUGGCGCAAUGAUCACCUGGAAGACUGUCCGUCUUCAUAUGAGGAAUACUGUCUUCAUGGAGCAGUGUGCUUCCACAUUCCGGAGAUUGGAUCCUACGCAUGCAACUGUGUGACAGGCUACAUGGGGGAACGGUGCCAGUACAGUGACUUGGAGUGGUGGGAGUUGCAACGAGAGGAAGAGGAGAAGAGGCGCAACCUUACUAUUGCAGUCUGCAUGAUCAUACCGAUCGUACUCUUGUCUAUAGGAGCCUGUGCAACGUACUGCUACAGGUCUAAGAAGUACCCAAUGAAGAGUCAGUAUGCUGAUGAGAUGAGCGAGACCUGCAGCAGUGACAACAGCAUAACCGAAACUUCAACCAGCAGUGUGCAACGGUUCUAUGUUGUCUUAGAACAUAGCUCAAAAGGAGACAGCAAAGUUAUCCACGUGGUUGGUUGUAACAGCAGACGGGUUUGCCAUUCCUGUUCCUCAGAAACAGGAGAAAGUGUAGCGUCUGAGGAAGCUUGUAAUUUGCAGAGGGACAGAAAAGGCCUGGUUUUUGUAUCCCAGGUGCCUUGUAGCCAUAUGCAGCAGGACACCAACAGGACUGUCCUCCAUCUUAGACAGGAGGAGAACCUCAUAUACCUGGAAGAUAAUGAAUCUGACAUCGGUGGGGGGAGCAGGUCACCUCAGCCUGUUUAACCCUGUCAUUCUCUGACACUCUUACAACACUGGACCAAGGACAGAGGAAACUCAAUUCAUUUAAAGUAUUAACACCAGUAGUAGACAGUGUUUGAGAGCAGACCGGACUUUUAUUGGUAAAACUUUUUGAAUUUAAUGUACAUAGCAUUCAGUUUAAUUUUAUGUUACUAAACACUAAAAGCACUGUUUUGUAAAUUAUUUUAAAGGAGAAAAACACCUGUUAAUUUUACAACUAAAUAAGAUAAUCAACGGGCUCGAGUCUCAUCUAGUGCUUUUUUCAGAAAGGAAAAUCACACCUAAUAGUUACCAAAACAGAUAUAAAUACUCAAUUUAGUUUAACAUCUUGUAAUUAGUUAGAUAUUGUUUCUUGUUUAAGAAUUGUAAAUGGUGUUUUGUCUUUUCAGAAGAAAAUGUACUGCCAAUGAUAAUUUGGAGUAAAUGACUUUGAGAAUCUAGUCCAAUGUCUAUUAAGCA